GGAGUAUACACGCCGCGCUGCGGGAAGCGGCGUCCGAGCCAAGAUAAUGAACGAACCUCUUGAAUAAAUGGCGUUUAUCAAAAGGGAAUUAAUCCAGCGUAUGCUGUUUUUAUCUUUAUUUCUGCCUUUGACAGGUGUUUUGUGUUUUAGUGAGCUGUCAUUUGUGACGGAGCCCUGUGACGUGGCGGCCGUGCAGAACGCACGUGUUGUUCUGGACUGCCAGGCCCAAGGAGAGCCUCCCAUCGACAUCAGGUGGCUGAGGAACCGUGUGCUAGUUCGGGAGAGUGAGCAGGUCCGGCUCCUGGCCAACGGGUCGCUGCUCAUCUCCAGGGUGGAGGGACGGAGACGAGGACUCUCAGACGAAGGCUUCUACCACUGCCUGGCCAGGAACAAAUAUGGAGCCAUCCUCAGCCAAAGAGCACAACUCACAAUCGCAAGUGUCCCCUCCUUCGUGACGCAGCCUGCUCCCGUGACAGUGAGGGAGGGAGCAGUGGCCAGACUCACCUGUGAUGUCAUCAGCAGCCCCCCCGCCACCGUCACCUGGAAGCUCAACCAAAGAAUGCUACCGGCCGAGCCGGACAGAAUCACCGUCCUGCCUAACGGAGCACUUCAGAUCAGUGACGUGAGACCAGAGGAUGCUGGGAAUUACCGUUGCCUGGCGACCAAUAUCGCCGGCAGGCUUCUAAGUGAUGAGGCCACCCUUUCCGUCCGCUCAGGUGAAGGUCCAGGCCCCAGAGCUGUGGUUGGGCCUGAGAUCGUUGUGGCUCCACAGAACAUCUCAGCUCCACAGCACCGCACUGCUGUCCUGGAGUGUGUCGCCUAUGGCAACCCGCGGCCCCUGGUGUCAUGGAGUAGGGCGGACUCCACGCCCAUUGAUGUGUUCAACGCCCGCGUGCACGGCAACGGCAACCUGGUGAUCUCUGAUGUGCAGCCUCGCCACAGUGGCGUCUACCUAUGCAGAGCCACCACCCCCCGAACGCGCAACUUCACCUCUGCCGCCGCCAACCUCACCGUGCUCAUGCCCCCCUCCCUGGUGGAGCGCCCAGAGAGCCAGACCCACCCCCGUGCUGGCACUGCCCGCUUCACCUGCCGCGCGGAGGGGGUGCCCCACCCACGCAUCACCUGGCUCAAGAACGGCCAGGAGCUGCACUCCAACGGCAGGGUGAAGAUGUACAACAGCGGCAGUAAGCUGGUGAUCACCCAGAUCACGCCUGAGGACGACGCCAUGUACCAGUGUGUGGCCGAGAACUCGCAGGGUUCGCUGCUGGCAGUGGCACGGCUGGUUGUGGUCAUGUCGGAGGACCGUCCAAGCGCGCCCAGGAAUGUGCGGGCCGAGACCAUCUCCAGCUCAGCCAUCUUGCUGGCCUGGGAACGGCCACAGUACAACGCAGACAAAGUCAUUGCCUACUCCGUGCACUACACGAAGGUCGAGGGUCUGAAUAACGAGGAGUACCAGGCGGUCAUCGGUAACGACACCACCAGCUACAUUGUGGACGAGCUGGAGGCAGCAGGCAACUACAGCUUUUACAUCGUGGCCUACAUGCCCAUGGGCGCCAGCCGCAUGUCCGAGCCUGUCUGCCGACACACCCUGGAGGACGUUCCCUUGCGUACUCCGGAGCUGAGUCUGACGAGCCUGAGCCCCACUGACACCCUGGUGUCAUGGCGACCGCUGUCGGUGAAGGUGAGCCGCGGCUGCAUUCUGUCGUACCGGCUGUCCUUCCGCACUGCGCCGGACGAUCAGGUGACGGUGCUGGAAUUGCCGGGAGACAACGUGACUCAGCACCUGCUGCAGGAUCUCCAGCCGGACACCAUCUACCUGGUGCGCAUCGCCGCGGCAACCCGAGUAGGCUGGAGCCAGCCAUCCGCCUGGAGCUCCCACCGAACACCCAAGACCUCCAGCUCCACAGUUCCCCUGGCUCCAGUACUCCAGCUGCACUCCAUCAACUGCACCUCCAUCUCUGUGCGCUGGCACCCAUCUCCUGGCAGUGCUGUUGCCCUGGGUUACCGCCUCUUCUACCAUGAGGAGGGUCAGCCAGAAGGAGGCAGCCACCAGCUCCCAGCCGAGGACCAGCAAUACACCAUCACAGGCCUGGGCCCGAGAGAGAAGUACCAUGUGAAGCUGCUUGCCUUCAGUCAGAAUGGAGAUGGUUACCAGGCCGACCAGACGGUCAGCACACCAGGAUGCCCAUCUGCCCCUACACGCCGUGUGGCCACUGUCCCGCCCCCAGACCAUCUGACGGCCCAAUCCCAUAAUUCCUCAGGAGUGCUGCUGCGCUGGCGGCGCCCAGCGUUCGCGUCGGUCCGGCUGCUGAACUACACAGUCCGCGUCAGCCCCGUGGGCCCCCAGAACGCCUCCACGGUCCACUAUACACACACUAGCAACCAGAGUCUGCUGGUCUCCGGUCUGAAGCCCAACACGCGCUAUGAGUUUGCCGUCCGUCUUCACCUGGACCAAGGGUCCAGUUCCUGGAGCCCUGCGGUCUACCAGAAGACACUGCCCGCAGCGCCCCAGCACCCGCCGGAGUCCAUCCGAGUGCUGCUGAUCGAGGAGCGGACAGCGCUGGUGUCGUGGAGAGAGCCGGAGCAGGAGGGGGUGGUGGUGGGUCACUACACCCUCCUCUACGCAUCACACGCCGCCUGGCUAGCCGGGGAGUGGCAGAUCCUACAGCGGGAGGGAACCAACACGAUGGCUCUGUUAGAGAACCUGGAGCCAGGGAACAUCUACCUCAUCAAGAUCUCAGCAUCCAAUCAGGUUGGAGACGGACCCUUCUCCAGCGCCGUGGAACUGUCUGUACCGAGCCACCAGGGGAAGAUGCCCAGACACACACACGCUCGCUCAAAGCCCACAGACUUGUCUGAUGGCCUCUACAGCAUUGACCAGCGCUCCAUGACAGGGAUCGUUGCUGGCGUGUGUAUCGCGUUGGCCUGCAUCGUCCUGUGUGUCUUCAUCCUGAUUAUCAAGAGCAGGGUCAGGAAGUCUGCACUCGAUAAACCUGCAAGGCGGCACUCUGGAGACACUGUGAUCUCACCUGCUGAUGGACAGCCAGAGAGUGCGGAGGUUCUGGUCCCUAUGAUGGGGAACCAUUUCAUCGACUCAAAGGGGGGGACUAAUCUGGUGAUAAACGCAGCGGGUCCAGUCAUCACUGUGGGUCAGAGCAAGGGCAGGAAGUGGAGCUUCUUCAUUAAAGAACAGAAUCAUCGAUCCAGGAAGGAGAAGCCUCACACGCGUGGGUGUGUGUACAAGGCAGGGACAACCUUGUUGAGGUACGAGGAGGAGCUGACGGUGGCCAAUCAGCAGCCUGUGUGUCUACGCCUGUCCUGUGGCCCGCUGGGAGACUCCGAGAGCUCGCACACCAGUGACGGCAGCCGCGAGACUGGAGACUCCGGACACUACUCCCACGAGGAGAGCAGUGAGUCGGCCGACACCUCACCGCCAGGCCCAGGAGCGCAAGAACAACAGGAGUGUCUGACGGAGGAGAUGUCUGGCGAGUGUGUGUCGGAGGAGUUGUCUGGCGAGUCUUUGUCGGAAGAGAUGUCUGGCGUGUGUGUGUCGAAGGAGAUGUCUGGCGUGUGUGUGUCGGAGGAGAUGUCUGGCGUGUGUGUGUCGGAGGAGAUGUCUGGCGUGUGUGUGUCGAAGGAGAUGUGCUGUACCGUGUCUAUGGACAGCACUGAGGGGACUAGCUGCGCCUCCACAGUCUUCCAGCAGAGGGCAGUGGUGGUGCAUGCAGGGAGCUCCUGCCACGGCCCCCCUCCCUCGACUCCUCCCCAGCACUGCUAGCCCUGCAGAUGGCACUGUGGUCCACUCUAAGACUGCAGGGGGCAGUCUUCCACAGUGCUGCUAGCCCCUGCUGGGCUCAAUCUAACCUCAGGAAAUGGCCACUCGUUAGUGGGUGGUGGGUUCAUGUAGCUUUAGACCCUCCCCAGGGGUCAGUCCACUUUAUUUCACCUCAUGGGGUGCCUUCGUCUCUCUGCCUCUCCUCCUCUUCCUCCCCACACUUGCCUAAUCUCCUCCUCCUCCUCCUCCUCAUCUACCUCUACACUUCUC